UCCCAAAAGGCUUUCAAAGGAGAGGAGAGGGGAGCAAGGUCUGGUUGUGUUGGUCGCUUCUUUCUCUUACGCUCCGGGAUCUCUCGAAACCUUAACGCUAACCCUAGGCUUCGAUUCCAAGAAGCUCCAAAGGCGGCUCCCAUGGAGGUACCCUGCUUCUAUUCCUAAGGUGGCACAGGGAUUCUUCCCCCCUUCUUCUUUGUAGGCUGCUCUCCCCGCGUUUCUUUCGUCUUCUUUUACAGCUAGGAUUUUGGGGGAAAUCAGGGUUUCUUGAUCAAGCUCGUUCGUUUCUCAAAAAAAGCUUGUUCCUUUCCUUCUUUUCCUGCACUCUUUUGCUGAUUUGGAAGGGGAACGGAGUGCUCGCCGGCGGAUCUUCGUGGACUUUGGGGAGUGACAUUGGCGUUCGGUCUCUAUAGAGUGGUCUUUAAGUUUUUCCCUCUCGUUCUGCGGUUCUUUAAUUUGGAGUGUUUUGCUUUUUGAUUUAGGACCUAAGGGGUUAUUGGCGUUUAGGCGGAAAAAAGAAUCUAUAGAGCUCAAAUAGCAGAGUUUUACCAGGUAGAGAGGUUAGGGCUAGCCUUAGGGGAUUUUCUUUUUUCUUUCCUUUAGUUGUAGUUAUAAAAUAAAACAAAAGCUUUACAUUCUUUAACCUGGGAGGAUGUCUCAUCUUUGAAGCGGAUACUCUAGGUCUAGGAUUUUAUCUUCAUUUCUCUGUGGAACAUUGCAAAUUUAAGGUUCUUGACUUGUGGAUUUGAGAAAAAUCGUUACUUUAUUUAGUGGGACAAAGUCUAGAAUUUCAGGGUUAUACCCUGGAUAAAAUUAUAAGAGUUAGAUGCAAUUCUCUUCUUCAUCACAGAUGAUGCCUGGGUUGAGUUUUUGAGUCUAGGAAGAAAUCUGCCAUUUUAGAAUAAAAUAGAAACUAGACCUUGAGCAGGCUGAGAUCGUUGAGGCGGGAGCUUUUGGGUUGCCAUUCCUCUACUGGUCAAGGAGAUUCAGAUUUUUUUGAAAGGGAUAUGGCUAUCAAGAAGAAGAAGGAAUUGGAUACAGAGGAGAAGUCCCCAGAGAAUCGCAUCCUAUCCUUUCCCGAUGAAGUUUUGGAACGUGUUCUUAUCUUUGUGAAGUGUCACAAGGAUCGCAGUGCCGUUUCUCUGGUUUGCAGAGACUGGUACAAUGCUGAGCGAUGGAGCCGGACCCAUGUAUUUAUUGGGAACUGCUACUCUGUGUCUCCGGAGAUGGUAGCUCGUAGAUUUCCAAAUAUCCGGAGUGUCACUCUCAAGGGGAAGCCACGGUUCUAUGAUUUCAACCUUGUUCCACCAAAUUGGGGGGCUGACCUCCAUCCAUGGCUUGUAGUUUUUGCUUCAGCGUAUCCUUUCCUUGAGGAGUUCCGUCUUAAAAGGAUGACAGUGACAGACGAGAGCCUUGAUUUCUUGGCACGAUCUUUUCCUGAAUUUAAGGCUCUUUCCCUUGUCAGUUGUGAUGGCUUCAGCACUGAUGGUCUUGCCUCCAUUGCAACCUACUGCAGGAACUUGACUGAGCUUGACAUACAGGAGAGUGGGAUUGAUGAUCUUGGUGGCAGCUGGUUAAGUUGCUUUCCUGACAGCUUCACAUCUCUGGAAGCGCUUAAUUUUGCAAAUCUGCAUUCUGAAGUAAAUUUUGAUGCCUUGGAGAGACUAGUGGCCAGGUGCAAGUCCUUAAAGGUAUUAAAAGUGAAUAAGCAUGUCACGUUGGAGCAGAUACGGAGGCUGCUUGUGAGAUCUCCUCAACUUACAGAGCUUGGAACUGGUUCAUUUUCACAAGAUCAAAAACUCCGAUCAGAUGCAGAUCUGGAAAGUGCAUUCAGCAACUGCAAGAACUUCAACACUCUCUCAGGCUUGUGGGAAGUUUCCUCUGUGUAUCUUCCAGCAUUAUAUCCUGUCUGUGCUAAUCUGACUUUCUUGAAUUUGAGCUACACAGCUCUGCAAAGUACAGAACUGGCAAAGCUUCUGCAAAAUUGCCCUCUUCUUCGCCGACUAUGGGUUCUAGAUACUGUAGAAGACAAAGGGUUAGAAGCUGUGGCAUCGAGCUGUCAUCUGCUAGAAGAACUCCGAGUGUUUCCAGCAGACCCAUUUGACCAGGAAGUGAUCAUGGAAGGUGGUGGCAGUGGCGUCACUGAAUCUGGAUUUGUUGCUGUUUCCGAGGGCUGCCCCAAUCUUCACUAUGUUCUCUACUUCUGCCGUCAGAUGACAAAUGCUGCAGUGGCAACUGUUGUGCGCAACUGCCCUAACUUCACCCACUUCCGUCUCUGUAUAAUGAACAUGUGCCAGCCUGACUACCUGACCAAUGAACCCAUGGAUGAAGCCUUCGGUUCUGUUGUAAAGACUUGCAGUAAACUCCAAAGGCUUGCUGUUUCAGGGCUUUUGACUGACCGGGCCUUUGAGUAUAUUGGUACCUAUGCUAAGAACCUUGAGACCCUGUCGGUGGCUUUUGCAGGCAGCAGUGAUAGAGGCAUGCAAUGUGUUUUAGAGGGGUGCCCUAAGCUGCGUAAGCUGGAAAUAAGAGACUGUCCUUUUGGGAAUGCAGCAUUGCUCUCAGGGCUUGAGAGGUAUGAAUCCAUGAGGUCACUUUGGAUGUCUGCCUGCAACUUGACAAUGAAUGGAUGUCAACUCCUGGCAAGGAAGAUGCCAAGGUUGAAUGUGGAGGUUAUCAAGGAGGAUGAGAGUGAUGAUAUGCAUGCUGAGAAGGUUUACGUAUACCGGUCAGUUGCCGGGCCUAGAAGGGAUGCCCCUCCCUUUGUUCUCACCCUCUGAUGAUCAUCCAAUUCUCGGUUUCACAGGGGGAGGUGUAUAACAUAGCAACCAGACAGGUGAAUAGAAGAUCGGAAUUGAGGAUUGUGGAAUGAUGCACAAUUCUUUCUGAUAACAAUUUAUUCCUGUGACAUAUCAAACUCUAGGAAAAUAUUAGAGGCUAGAAGAUAGAUGGAAGAGUCUCAUGCUUUUACUGUAUCUAUGGCUAAUAACUGAUCUGUAUCUGAUUCAGGAGCCACUCCACCCGUGAAGAGCAAGAUCGCACUGCCUAUGCUGAAGUAGAUGAAACAGCCAUAAUGCGAAAGAACUGAAGUCGGCCCCCACAAUACAUUGCCACCGUGGGCCAUACGGCAUGUCAAAGUCCUGCAAUUAUGCAACCCUGAUUUGAAAGAUGAAGACGGCUUUUAAAAAAGUUUCAGCUUGUGUUAUUCCAUUUUCUCCCUUUUUCUUUCCCAGUGGUCAUGAACAUGCACCUUCUGGAUGAAACGAGCUAUCUGAGUGGAGUAUGAAGCAUCAAAUUCACCGAGGGCCUUCCCAGCCAAGCGGAGCGCAUCUUGCUGCAAGGUCUACUGGCUGUCUUUCCAUCACUGUGCUGACUAUGAGCUUGUUGGAAUGUGGGACAUUGAGCACAGAGAACUCCAAUUCUAAUGCUGGUUUCCUGACAGAAUAUCAUGGAUACAAUAGUUUUAAGUGACUACAGUAGGUAAUGGUGGACAGGCCACGUCCACCAGCCUAUGUCCUGGAAUAUCCAAGUAUCAGUCGUGCUGCUGCUAUGGCAUAUAAUGGCCCAGCAGCAUGCUUGGACUAACGAUGGGAACAUAUACUGGUGCUUUGGCUGGUGGAAUUGGAUUUGUGGUACGCCCAUGUGAUUUGGAGUGGAUAAGAUUGCUUCCGUGUUGGUGCAAGUCAGUGCCCGACUCUUCCAGUGCAUUGUUCUCCUUGCCCUGCAGCAGUGCAUCCAUCUUCUCUCCUUGAUAUGGGAGAGAGAGCUGUGGAGUUAGGUUGGCAAAUCUGUAUGUCUUCUUGUGUAACAAAUAACAGUUGAUGCAUGAAAAACGCUGCUUGUAUUCUGUUUCCUUGUGUGGGGUAAAUAGGAUCGGUUACUCUAGUUUGCUGCCUUUGAAUUGACUCAAGGUGUAACGUUAGCUCUGUUGCUAUCUGAUAUGGGUCUACAAAGGGCAUCGACAAGUUUGGCUGCAACUCAGAAAAGCUUGGUUAGAUUGGUUCGCUGGCUUUUAACCGUAAGUGAUGGAUGACUAGGACAAGCAUUCUAUUCUUCCAUUGCCCGUUGGUUGGUGAAUCGGAGGCUGGAGGAGACUCUCAUUUUCUAAGUGGCAGGCCUGAUGUGGAUGAAAGCAGUUAUCGUGUCGAUGUUGAGUACGUAGGGGAGCACUUAAAAUCUACUACGUAGCUGAAUUCUGUCAGCCAGAAACUUGGGCAAAUACAAGCCACAGGAAAGGAUUCUUCACCAGCGGUAAGGAGCUGGGAAUUUUAAUGCGAGCUUCUACUCAUGGUUCUGGUGCUCGGACUGUUGCAGGUGGGGUCAUUUCUUAACAUGAUAUAUGAAUUGGUUCAGUGACCUUGCUUUCAGUUUGUCUCUUUUUUCUCUCCUCUCUUUAUUUUCUAGUUGUUUGUUUACUCCACAUGUGGUUGAAAAUUAGAAGCUUUUGAAGUGGUGUGGAGCCAUUUAACAUGGUAUAUGAUUCAGUUGCUUUAUCGGUUUUUA